UGUUUCUCUCUAAACACCACCAAGAGAUUCAUUUCCUCCUUUCUCUCUUCCCUCUCUUUCUCUUCUCAUUUCUGCAACUUUCUGCAGAAAUUUUCUGCACAGAGAGGGAGAGAGAAAGAGAGAAACCAAAAAAAAAGGGAAAAAAAGAAAGAAAAAAACAAGCUGGUCAGAGAAAUAUUGAAAAGUAUUGAAAAUAAAAAUCACAAAAAUAAAAAUUGACGCUUUAUUAAAGCAACCAAAAUAUAUAUUGUUUGGAUAAAUAUUGGUGGUUUGGAUAUUUAUCAACGUAAAUUUUUCUCAUGCAAACAAAAGCCAAGAAAAAGGGUUUUCAUUUGCAUUAAAGAAUUGGCUUUUGAAUAUCAAGAGUUCUUUUUAUGUGAUUAUUCCUCUCCAUUUUUUUAAAAAAAAAUGGAAGGAAUAUCAGAUAAUGUGCAUGGAGUUAUAUUAGCUAUAUCAUCCAGUAUUUUUAUUGGGUCUAGCUUUGUUAUUAAGAAGCAAGGUCUAAAGAAGGCUGGUGCAAAUGGAAAACGAGCAGGUUCAGGAGGCCACUCUUACUUGUUGGAACCUUGUUGGUGGGCUGGAAUGUUAUCUAUGAUUAUUGGAGAGGGAGCUAACUUUGCUGCUUACGCAUACGCCCCGGCAAUACUUGUGACGCCCCUAGGAGCUUUAAGUAUGAUUGUAAG